CGGAGAUUCGGUGUAGAAUAGAUUAUAAAUAAACCUAUAUCUCCAUAAUUUUCGCAAUCAGACCAAAUAUCUAUCCUGUUGCAAACAUCACCAAUUCCUGUGCCCAACAUGCCCAUGAAAUUAGACGGAAGCUGCCAGUGUGGGGGCGUUGAAUUCACUCUGGAAUCUCAAACGCCCGUCCCAUAUCAGCUCUGCGCAUGCAGCAUAUGCCGCAAAGUUGGUGGAUACAGCGGUAGCGUAAACCUUGGCGGACUCAACGAUACACUUGAGAUCACGAAAGGAAAGAACUUGAUCAAAAAAUACAAUGCGAUCAAGGACCGCGGCACGCGCCACGAAGAAGUGUGCUCCUCUGAGCGUAACUUCUGCAGCAAUUGUAGCACAAUGUUAUGGCUGUGGGAUCACCAUUGGCCAGAGCUCAUUCACCCCUUUGCCUCAGCCAUUGACACCGACUUACCGGUACCUGACGAGAUGGUUUGCGUAAAGGGAAAUUCCAAGCCUAAUUGGGUGAGAUGGCCAGAAGGAAAAAAGAGCGUACACGCCAAUUAUGGGAGAGAUAGUAUUGAAGGCUGGCACAAGAAACAUGGGCUCUUUUACGAAUAACUCGUAAAGGUACGCUUGGGCACACGGAUACCCCUCUCAUGUAAUAUAUUUGUUAUUCGCUGGAAGAGGAUGCGCCACCAUUGGCCUAGCUGCUUAAUACAAUGGGAGCAUUGAGAAAACGAAUCGAUGCAUUGAUCUGACUCGUUGCUGCAAUAGAGGGAUUGUAGGGUUUCUUCUCCGGAGC